AUGAUGCUAGAUUUAUCGAAUCAAGCACAAUCUAUUUUAACAUCUUUUGAUAAGCAAUCCGAGAAAACGAAAAGUGAGUAUCGGGUUCGCCUGAAUGCCUCAAUUGAUGAUGCAAGGUAUCUUUUGAAAGAAGGAAUGUCUUUUCGGGGUCACGAUGAACGUGAAACUUCUAUAAGAAGAGGCAACUUCUUGGAUCUCUUAAAGUGGUAUGCAAAUAAGAAGGAUGAUGUAAAGAAAGUUGUGUUAGAAAAUGCUCCAAAAAAUGACAUUAUGAUUUGUCCAAAUAUACAAAAAGAUAUUGUGAGUUCUUGUGCGAAAGAAAUAUUGAAAACAAUUGUUGAAGACUUGAACGGGGAUUACUUUGGGAUAUUGGUUGAUGAGUCUAAGGAUGUCUCUCAUAAGGAACAAAUGACACUUAUUUUACGUUAUGUCAACAAAGAGGGUAAAGUUAUUGAGCGAUUCCUUAGCAUUGUUCAUGUUAAAGAUAUAUCUGCAAAGUCAUUAAAAGAAGCAAUUUAUUCUUUGCUUUUGGAACAUUCAUUGAGUAAAUCUCAAAUACGGGGACAAGGUUAUGAUGGAGCUAGUAAUAUGCAGGGAGAAAUUAAUGGUCUUAAAACUUUGAUUAUGAAUGAUACUCCUUUAGCAUAA